GGCGCCGAGGCGCCCCCUGGCGGCGGGGCGGAGCGGCGGUGUCAUGGCGGAGGUGGGCGCUCACCUCACGGCCGCGCCGGCCGGCGAGGAGCGGCCGUCCGUGUUCGAGGCGGUGGCCCAGGACAGCCUGAUGGGCGCCGUGAAACCCGCCCUGCAGCACCUGGUCAAGGUGCUUGCUGAGUCCAAUCCUGCCCGCUAUGGCUUCCUCUGGCAGUGGUUUGAUGAGAUCUACGUCCUUCUGGAUUUGCUGCUCCAGCAGCACUACCUGGCCAGGUGCAGCGCCUCCUUCUCUGAGAACUUCUAUAGCAUGAAGAGGAUCCCCAUGGGAGGUGGCAGACAGCAACCUCUGGCCACAGCUGGCUUGCCAAAGAGGCAGCACUGGAAGUCUCUGCUCCUGCUGGUUCUUGUUCCUUACCUGAAAGGAAAGCUGGAGAAACUGGUGUCCAGCCUGAGGGAAGAGGAUGAAUACUCCAUCCACCCUCCCUCAUCAUCCUGGAAGCGCUUCUACAGAGCCUUUCUAGCUGCCUACCCCUAUGUAAACAUGACCUGGGAGGGCUGGUUUCUUAUCCAGCAGAUGUGCUACAUCCUGGGCAAGGCUGAGCAUCAUUCCCCCAUGCUGAAGCUGGCUGGUGUCCGCCUGGUCAGGCUGACUGCAGAGGAUAUCCAGGCCCUGGAGAAGAAAUGGGCUGAAAGCACCUCAAGCCAAACACACAGCUUUUCCUCUCGAGUGCAGUCAGCCCUGAGGAGAGCUCUGGGUGGCAUCGCCUUCUCGCUGUCCACCGGCCUGUCCGUCAGCGUCUUCUUCCUCCAGUUCCUGGACUGGUGGUACUCCUCGGAAAACCAGGAGACCAUCAAGUCCCUGACAGCCCUCCCCACGCCCCCACCCCCUGUGCACCUGGAGCAGGAGCCCAGCCCAGCUCUCCUGCCCAGCCUGAAGACCGUGUGCCCUCUGUGCCGCAAGGUCCGCGUGAACGCCACGGCCCUGGCCACCUCCGGCUUCGUGUUCUGCUACCGCUGCGCCCACGCCUACGUGAAGGCUCACCAGCGCUGCCCAGUCACGGGCUAUGCCACAGAGCUGCAGCACCUGGUCAAACUCUACUCCCCUGAGAGCUGAAAGGGCUCCCAGCAGCUCUUUGUACAUCCCAUGGAGGCUUCGGGCUGCUGCGGCUCCUCGGUGAGCGCUGCGGCGCUGUCGAACUCGGGGGUUCUUCAGCUUUGCUGCCUUUGCACGUUCUGGCAAUGCUCUGCCCUUUGUUGAUAAGCUGUUCAAACAUCCUGGCAGCUGUAGAGGUAUCACACAGCCCCAGCCUGUCAGCCAGCACAGAAAUGCCUUAAAAGACCAGCUGAAAGGGAAGAAACAUUGAUUUGGGUAAGAGGAAUGCAGAUGUGAGGAUCAAAGACCAGCACUGGUGCUGUGUGAGGGCAUGAGCCAGCAAAUUAAAGAGGUAGGGAAAUUCUCUAGGCAGGUUUUUCUUCCCUGGGCAGCUUCCCAGUCCCUUGUGCUGCCCAGGGUGAGCUCUGGCUUUGUCAGAGAUGGAGAGAGGCUUAAACCUCUGCUCUUCACCUUGGAAUUGAAAACAUCACCCUCCUAAUUCCCAUCAACGGUUCUAAAUUAAGACUUUUAACUCUUUAAAGGAACAAGAUAGACAAGAGAAAUGUGACAUUUUCUGCACAAGAGAGAAAAUUACAAACCAGAUUAAAAGAAACUGCCAACUGAUGAGAGUGGUUUAUUGUCAAAUAAGUCUUUGCAUUCAUUAUUAUCUGCUUUUAUAAAGCGAAAUUCUUUCUUGAUUGAGAACCUAAUUUAAUUCUUUUCUGGUUAUUGGAAAAACAGUUUGCUCCUCUGGGGGCUCUAUUUACAUACAAGAGACAAGACUAAAGCUGCUUUCAUCUUUGCAUGUGAUGGUAGUGGAUGUAAGAUUAGCAUUUUGUAGGCUGAGAACCUUUCAUGUCUGAGCAUUACAAUGCAAUUAUUCCAGUCCCAGCCAUGUAGCACAUUCAUAUCAGAACAAAACAUCCUUCCACUGAACAGAGGAGGAAAGAAAAGCUGUGUGACAUGGCUGGCUCUUGCUUGACACCUGAUUUUUCAGGAUGGAAGGUUGUUUUCCUGACUCUAGGGAGCAGCAGUGCUCCAGUUAUCACAGUGACAGUGCUUAGAGAAUACGAGAGCAAACUUUCUGCACAAAGUCCAGACCCCACUCUGGUCUUUCCAGAUUCUUCUAACAUUUAAUCCACUGAACCAGGCAUCUCAUUUUCCCUCCACUUUAGCUCUGCUUCAGAAGAUAAAAACCUCCAAUAUCCUCCUUCACCUGUAAGCAAGAGAGUAAGGUUAUUGAAUAAUGUGGGAAAAUGCAGUAAUUUGAAUCUUUCCCAAACACCUAAUAAAUGAGAUUUGUUCCUGAUGUUUUAUUAUCUCUGUACACCUCCCUGGCCCUUCUACCUGUGCCACUAUGGAAUAAUGAUAAAAACUGUCUCAUUUCUCUCUUCUCCAGUA